CAACGAUCAGUUAGAACGCAAGACGGUGGUCGUAUGGUACGUACAAAUAACGGGUAGUAACCAAACGCAAUAUGUUUCUAAAAAUAAUAAAACGAUAGUGCAAAAUAAAAUUUCUUAGUUUCAUUGGUGAGCGUGUUUUAUAAAUGACCGAAAAAGGCAAUUUGGGAAUUUUUUUUGUCAUUUGAAGACUGAUUAGGUUUUAUUAUUUUCUGUGAUAUUGUGUAUAAGUGUUUUUUUUAAAAGGAAUACAAUGGAUAGUGGACACUACCCGGUUAUUGUGGUCCUGUUGCUCGUUUCUUUGAUUCGAGUUUCCAUCGACGCCGCCACGUUGUCGUCAACACCGCCAAGUAUACAGGAAGUGGUGUCUGACGUACGAGUUGAAUGCAAUAGUAACGAAAUUGUUGUAAGUUUGGACACAAGCUCGGGCGUAUUUACGGGCAUGGUUUACCCACGCGGGUUAUCGAAAAACAGCACGUGUAUGGGGGAAUGGAUUCGCCACUCAUCCCCUGUGCAAUAUUCUUUGCCAUUGAGGGGAUGUAAUACGAUGAGUACAGAAUUGGAUGAUGGAGGCAUUGAAUAUUUUAACACUAUUGUUGUACAACCUCAUUUGAAAUUAGUUACGAAUCAAGGAAGAGGUUUCCACGUGCGAUGCAAGUACAAUACGCGCAACAAUAUUUCAGUCGUGAACGAUGAAGAUCCAAAGGCUGAUCCGUUGUCGACCGACGAAUCGACGGCCAUGGAACCAAUGCCGGGAUGUACGAUGAAGAUAUUUUCUGGUGACCCGACCGAGAGGGAGGUGGCGGAAAGUGUGAAAAUUGGGGAUCCGCUAACUUUGGUUAUAUCGAUUGACGAGCAAGAUAUGUAUGGUUUGCGUAUCACCGAUUGUCUUGUCCGUGAUGGGUUGGGAUGGGGUGAGCAAAGGUUAAUCAACGGUGAAGGAUGUCCUGUUGAUAAUGAGAUAAUGGGAAUGUUUGAAUACUCAUCAGAUAAGACGAAGGCUUCCGUUCAUUUUCAAGCACAUAAAUUUCCGUACACUGCUUCUGUCUACUAUCAAUGCAACGUGAAACUGUGUUUGAAGGCCGAUAAUGGUUGCGCAGCACUUACGCCACCCAAAUGCGGGGCCAAUAGACUGCGUAGGCAGGCAAACGCCGAACCGAACGAAGGAACCCCAGCAACCAUCGAAGUCUAUAGCGGCCUUUAUGUUAAUGAAGCUAAUGACCUCGAAAAGGCGGGCGUUGAUGAUGAUUCUGUCUAUAGCGAGAAAACCUCCGAAGACAACAUUUGUAUCUCGCAAAAAAAUUUCGCGAUUGGCAUAUGCGUCGCCGGUUUAAUACUGAUGUUAGCCGUUAUAGCUGCCAUUUUAUGUCUACUUGCGAGUCGAAGGAAUAAGAAGACCACCUCGCAUACUGGAAGCUCAAUAUACAGCGGACCAUACACGAACACUGCCUACAGCCACACAAGUUAAAUAAAAUCGAAACGAAACGAAUAGAUUUUAGGUGCCAUUUUAAGAUCGGAUAGUAAUUUGCUCAUCUUUACUAAAAUGUAAUUGUUAUCGGAUUAGCUUUAAAAGACUAAGGGAAAUGGUGAUGGUAUAACUCUCAACUACGUUUUUAUUGCCUUACUUCCUUCUAAUGUAAUCAAAAUUAAAUUGGAAAGGAAGUAAGCUUAGGUACCUCAGAAUGAGUACCUUUCUUUGAGGUACGAUUUUGAUGUAGCAUAGGAGUAUGUGGAGUAUUUUACUUAUACUUACCCAAUUAGGGAAGUAUAUGCAAAUUACUCUUCAGGUUUUGGAUCACAGGGGCAUUUUAUUUUGUUUCUGUAAAUAUUAAACCACAAUUUAAUGCCUUUCUGGUCCUCGACCAUAGUUUGUUCUUAUAUACUUACUUAAUUUAAAUAAUGCCAAGUAUGCAAUGACGAUGGUGCUUUAAUAUUACUUUUUAAUUUAAAUGUUGUCUGUAACUUUUAAUGUUAAAAUAAAAUACAUUUUCGUA